UGACCUAACCUUGUUUACAUCUCAGCUACCUUGACGAAAUAUUGAGUUGGCCUUAACAAAUAGAUCUAGUCAUGUUAUACAUGUGUGAUAAUAUUACAGUGAGGUGGUGUGUGUAUGAAUUAGUUAAUAAAGCCAGUCAUGCACGCGACCUUCACAUUGUUAUGUCUCGUCGUUGAUUAUAUAGUUACUUAUGAAUAGAAUAAUUCAGUAAGGUACGUGUCUUCAAUCCGAUAUUACUGAAAAGAACAACAUAGUGGAUGUUGACUGUAUAGUAACUAUAAUAAAUCGUUUUGCAAUAUUUAUAAAGUGAACAAUUGAGCAAGGUGUCUGUUUAGUGAAUGUUGGUAGGAGGGAGAGAGACCUAUACGAUAUAUGUUUAUAGCGGUGUAUACACUCAGUGAUUGUUCGUGGGUUAUUAACAUGCCGUUUACAAUAUCUUUUAAGAAGACAUAUAGGCCGACUGUGACUGUGAUUUGGUGGAUGCUGAUAUUUAAUUAGGAGACAUACAGGCCAGCUGUGAUCUACUUGUAUAGAUAUGAAUAACCUUUGGGAUAUUCUAACAUCAUUUACUGAUGUAACAACCAUUUUACUGACUCUUGUCUUUCUAUUAGUUAUUGGAUAUGUCAUCUCAAUGCAGGAACGAUCUGGGAUUCCUCCUGGACCACCAUAUUGGCCAAUUGUGGGAAACAUGCUGGAUAUGCGAGGCAAACGAAUAGGUAAGAGACAUAAAUAUUAUGCAGAACUUCAAGAAAAAUAUGGCGACAUUUUCCGAAUUUAUUUCGGUAACCAGUUGUUGGUAGUUUAAAACGAUUUCGAAUCUAUCGAGGAAGCUUUUGUGAAGCAAAAGGAUCUGUUCAGUUCGCGACCAGUAGAUAAGCUUUGGGGAAUUCAACAGGCUGUAAAAGACGGAAAGGGAGUAGUCUGGGCGAGUGGACAAGAAUGGAAAGAUGCGAGAAGAAUGACAGUUCGUGCACUUCGGGAUCUAGGAGUCGGGAAGGCUACUCUCGAGGAUAGGAUUAAGGAAGAAACUAAAAUCAUUUUAGACUUUAUAACAACACGUGAAGGAAAACCAUUUAAAGUCCAUGAUAUUAUGAUGAAAGCUACAACCAAUAUCAUCAGUACAGUUGUAUUUGGUAAAAGAUAUGAUUAUAGCGAUGCUGAUUUUCUUCAAAUCAUGCACGUUAUAGACAUAAGUUUUAAAAGUGAUAUGGCGUUGUUUAGCCCUGUUCAUCGUUUUCCUAUGAUUCGUUUCAUUCCCCUUUUGACAUCAAAACUAAUGGUCGUUGGUAAUGCUAUGACGAAGGUAAAACAGUUUAUUGCGAAACAUAUUGAAGGACACAAAGGGGCUUUUGAUAAAAACGACAUAAAGGACAUUAUUGAUAUUCAUUUGGAUAUGUGUGGUAAGGGGGGUGAGUCCAGUGUCCUCAGUGAAGGCAACACGAACAGAGUCAUUUUAGAUCUAUUUAUUGCUGGAUCAGACACGACAGCUACCACCCUCGAUUGGACAUUGCUCUUUAUGACCCUCCACCCGGAAGUCCAGAAGAAAUGUCACGAGGAAAUCGCCAGUGUGAUCGGUGAUAGCCGUAUGGUUAGUUGGUCUGAUAAGUCUAAAAUGCCGUACAACGAAGCAACACUGUUCGAAGUACAACGCCUAGCCAACACAGUGCCCAUGACACUUCCCCACACAACGGACAAAGAUGCCGUAGUAAAAGGAUUCCUAAUCCCGCAAGGUUCAUUGGUUUACGCAAAUUUGUACGCAUGCCACCUUGAUUCUAGAUACUGGAAGGAACCUUUACAGUUUAAACCAGAACGCUUCCUUGAUGAUACAGGAGCGGUAUCCAAACAAACUGCUGCUACAUUAAUACCGUUUUCAGUAGGUCCACGGAUCUGUGCUGGUGAACCACUGGCUAGGAUGGAAAUAUUUCUGUUUUUCACCAAUCUCCUACAAAGGUUUUCUUUCUCGACUUCCGGCAGUGAGAAACCCAGUACUGAUGGAACAUGUGGAGUGAGUAUGUCAACACAAGAAUAUACUGUUGUUGCUACACCGCGAUAGUUUAUCCAUAAAUUCUGACAUUAUUCAUCCUCAAACUGAGGUCCACUUUAACGAGGAUGAGGGUCUGAUAUGGCUGCAUACCCACCCCAUUAGUAAAGGGCCUCUCAAUUAGAUCUAACAAGAAUUGUAUCAUUCAUAAUUAUGCUGUGUUCAAUAAAUCUAUCGAACACGU